AUGGUCCGAAGCAUCAAGAACCCUAAGAAAGCCAAGAGAAAGAACAAGGGCUCAAAGAAAGGAGAUGGGUCUUCUUCCUCUGCAAUACCAUCGAUGCCUGCGAAGGUAUGGCAACCAGGGGUGGACAAGUUGGAGGAAGGCGAAGAGCUCCAGUGUGACCCAUCAGCUUACAAUUCUCUCCAUGCCUUCCAUAUUGGUUGGCCUUGUUUAAGCUUUGAUAUUGUACGAGAUACAUUGGGGUUGGUUCGGACAGAGUUCCCCCAUACAGUGUAUUUCGUUGCCGGGACUCAGGCAGAGAAAGCUGCUUGGAACUCUCUUGGAAUAUUUAAAGUAUCCAACAUUUCUGGGAAAAAGCGCGAACCAGUGCCUGCCAAACCUGCAGAUGAAGACUCUAAUAUGGAUAGUGAGGAUAGUGAUAGUGACGAAGAUAAUGAUGAUGAGGAGGCUGGUGGAUCUGGCGCACCAGUUUUGCAGUUGCGCAAGGUAGCUCAUGAAGGAUGUGUUAAUCGUAUACGCGCCAUGACACAAAAUCCCCAUAUAUGUGCAUCUUGGGCAGAUACUGGUCAUGUGCAGGUUUGGGACUUCAGUUCUCAUUUAAAUGCUUUAGCAGAAUCAGAGGCAGACGUUAGCCAGGGAGCUUCUUCAGUUUUUAACCAGGCUCCAUUGGUUAAGUUUGGGCAUAAAGAUGAAGGGUUUGCUCUAGACUGGAGUCCACUUGUACCUGGAAGGCUUCUAUCUGGGGAUUGCAAGAAUUAUAUACAUUUGUGGGAACCUACAUCGGGUUCCACAUGGAAUGUUGAUACUACUCCGUAUAUUGGACAUACUUCAAGUGUGGAGGAUCUGCAAUGGAGUCCUACUGAACCUGAUGUAUUUGCCUCUUGUUCUGUGGAUGGGAACGUAGCAAUAUGGGAUAUCCGUCUGGGAAAGUCACCAGCAACUUCUUUUAAGGCGCAUGAUGCAGAUGUGAAUGUUAUUUCUUGGAAUAGGCUGGCUAGUUGUAUGCUGGCAUCUGGAAGUGAUGAUGGUACUUUUUCCAUUCGCGAUCUUAGAUUGCUUAAGGAAGGAGAUUCUGUAGUGGCACAUUUUGAAUACCAUAAACACCCCAUCACAUCCAUUGAGUGGAGUCCACAUGAAGCCUCCACUUUGGCAGUGUCAUCUUCUGACAAUCAGCUAACAAUAUGGGAUCUAUCUUUGGAAAAUGAUGAGGAAGAGGAGGCAGAAUUCAAAGCUAAAACAAAGGAGCAAGUGAAUGCUCCAAAAGAUUUACCUCCACAACUUCUUUUUGUCCAUCAGGGACAAAAAGACCUCAAAGAACUUCAUUGGCAUGCUCAGAUUCCUGGCAUGCUCGUUUCAACUGCAGCAGAUGGUUAUAAUAUUCUGAUGCCUUCAAACAUACAGACUACCCUUCCCUCUGAACUCUGA